AUGGCAGCGUCCACCAUGUCCGUCUGCUCCAGCACGUGCCCCGACUCCUGGCAGGUGGACGACUGCCCAGAGAGCUGCUGCGAGCCCCCCUGCUGCGACCCCAGCUGCUGCGCCCCGGCCCCCUGCCUGACCGUGGUCUGCUCCCCAGUGAGCUGUGUGUCCAGCCCCUGCUGCCAGGCAGCAUGUGAGCCCAGCCCCUGCCAAUCAGGCUGCACCAGCUCCUGCACACCCUCGUGCUGCCAGCAGUCUAGCUGCCAGCCGGCUUGCUGCACCUCCUCCCCCUGCCAGCAGGCCUGCUGUGUGCCUGUCUGCUGCAAGCCUGUCUGCUGUGUGCCCACCUGCUCUGAGGGCUCCUCUUCAUGCUGCCAGCAGUCUAGCUGCCAGCCGGCUUGCUGCACCUCCUCCCCCUGCCAGCAGGCCUGCUGCGUGCCUGUCUGCUGCAAGCCCGUCUGCUGCAAGCCCGUCUGGGGCAAGCCCGUCUGGGGCAAGCCUGUGUGCUGUGGGGCUUCCUCUUCAUGCUGCCAGCAGUCUAGCUGCCAGCCGCCGGCUUGCUGCACCUCCUCCCCGUGCCAGCAGGCCUGCUGUGUGCCCGUCUGCUGCAAGCCUGUGAGCUGUGUGCCCAUCUGCUGCAAGCCCGUCUGCUGUGUGCCUGUUUGCUCUGGGGCUUCCUCUUCAUGCUGCCAGCAGUCUAGCUGCCAGCCAGCUUGCUGCACCACUUCCUGCUGCAGACCCUCCUCCUCCGUGUCCCUGCUCUGCCGCCCUGUGUGCAGGCCUGCCUGCUGUUCCCCCGCCUCCUCCUGCUGUGCCCCUGCCUCCUCCUGCCAGCCUAGCUGCUGCCGCCCGGCCUCCUGCCUGUCCCUCCUCUGCCGCCCCACGUGCUCCCGCCCGGCCUGCUGAGGCCUCUGCUCAGGCCAUAAGUCCAGCUACUGAGUGCUCAAUCCUGGUCUCCUGCUGACCGUGUCUUUGCUGCCAAGCAGGAUUCUCCAGCCUCAGGAGCCCCUGGAGGCCUCAGAAUCUACCAGCUCCCAUCAGUGGCCACAUUGUUGCUGCCUGAAGGGGAUUUUCAGCACAUCACACUUCCCUCCUCCCUGUCUGGGAAGAGACAGCUCACAAAUCCCUUAGCAGGUGGGCUGUGGCCUUCUAGAGCCCCUUCUCCAAAUGUGUUGCCUGCACCCAAUGUGACAAAGAAGAAUUGCUGUAAUCAAUAAAUUCUUGAGUCAGGAAA